AUGUUUGAUUUCAGAAGCAAGCUCCUCAAUAUCAUAACCUCAACAUUACAAGGAGGCUAUGUAUCAUAUGCAUCUGUCGGAAAUGCAGCAAAAUUAUUCAGUGAGCAACUUGGAUUGAGUGAACAGUUUGCAACACAGCUUAUUCAUGAAUACUUUCGAGGAAAGUAUAUAAGUGCCGAGACUGCACAAACAUGCGCUGAUUUAAUUUAUCAGAGAAUUCAACAAAUGAAUCAAGACAAAUUGUUGGCCAAAGAUGAAAAAGAGGCGAAAGAGAAACGAAUCAAAGACUUAUCAAGACAAAUUUAUGAAGAAUUAUGCAACUCAAUUCGCGGUGGAUACGUUUCUUACGAAAAGGCCGAUUCAGCAGCAAAGAGUUUAAGUGCGAAUCUCCAAAUUCCUUAUGACUUCGCACGUGAGUUAAUGCUUGAUUAUGCACGUGGAAAGUACUACAGCUACGACACUGCUUCAUCAUACGCAAAUAUGAUGGCUGAGAGGAUCUUGGAAAAGUACGAAAACUAUCCGAAUAUUCAAGAGGACGAGGACGAAUUCGAAGAAGAAUCUGAAGCAGAAUAUCCUCAAUUCUGCGAUGUUGAAGUCCAAACUACCGUUACAGGUGAACAAUUCGACAAAUUACUGAAACUUCUUAAUAGUUUCUAUGUUCAAUAA